CGUGAAGAUAGGUGGCGCGUGUUGGUAGAGGGUCUCGCGCCUGUUUAUGUUGCAGGAACAGGCUCCGGCGGGAGGCUCACAGGACCAGUGCAGACCUGCCCGCCCGGACCGACGCUCCGCUGACGCACCGGGACGCGCCGGGACCGGAUCCACGGUCUCCAGAUUUAUUCAGGGAGCGGGUGCGCGCGCUGCAGCGGCACUUUCUGUCCUUUUCUUCCUCGCUGCUUUUUCUCCUUCAGCGGGAGGAGACGGGAGGCUCUCCGGGAGCGGGGAGGAGCAGCGGAGCCGGAUCGAGGAGCCCAUGCGGACUGGACUCACUUAUCAAUGAAGCAGGAGAUCAUGGCGGAGGGUCCCCGCUGCAAGAGGCGAAAACAGGCCAACCCCCGGAGGAAGAACGCAGUGCUGAACUAUGAGAAUGUGGUGGAGACGGGUUCAGAGACGGACGAGGACGACAGGACACUGCUCCCUGAGGACAACGGCCUCGCUAACGGCGGCGGCGCAGGAGGAGGAGGGGAGGAUGAAGAGGCGGGCAGCCCGGCCGGCGUGCCGGCUCUGGAGGCGUCGCCGCGGGUCGCCCACGCCCUGCUGUCCUACGGGGACCAGGAGGGCUCAGAGGGACUCCAGAACCCCCAUCAGCCCCACUGGAGACUCGGAGACGACACCAACCUGAACGGCGGCGAUGACAGGAAGGAGGAGUACGAGCCUGUCGGCCCGGAGUCUCUGGGGAACAGAACAGGGAAGUGUCUGGAAAGCGUCUCCGAGCUGGACGAGUUCUUCCUGAAGCGGAAACUGGAGGAGGGAGACGGACACCCGACAACCAUCGCCGAGUACCUGCAGCGCAGUGACACCGCCAUCAUUUACCCAGAAGCCCCGGAGGAGGUGACGCGGCUGGGCACGCCCGAGGCCGUCGGUCUGGACGAGAGCGAACACGACCUGGUGUCCGGCGGUGGCGGCGCAGAUGACUUUGCCCAGCUGCUCACCUGUCCGUACUGCGACCGCGGCUACAAGCGGCUGACGUCUCUGAAGGAGCACAUCAAGUAUCGGCACGAGAGGAACGAGGAGAGCUUCGCCUGCCCGCUGUGCGGCGACGCCUUCAGCCACCGCACGCAGCUGGAGCGUCACAUGACCACGCACAAACCCGCCCCAGACCAGCCACCACUGCUGAACGAAGGAGCUGGAAACCGCAAGUUUAAAUGCAGCGAGUGUGGAAAAGCCUUCAAAUACAAACAUCACCUGAAGGAGCAUCUCCGCAUUCACAGCGGCGAGAAGCCGUACGAGUGCUCAAACUGUAAGAAGCGGUUCUCCCACUCCGGCUCCUACAGCUCCCACAUCAGCAGCAAGAAAUGCAUUGGCCUGAUCGCCGUCAACGGACGAGUACGCAACGGAAACAACAGCAAGCCCGGCUCCUCCCCCAACUCCACAACCUCAUCACCUGGAAGCCCCGCUCUGGCCCAGCUCCGCCACAAACUGGAAAAUGGCCGACCGCUCGGCCCUCCAGACCAGCAGGGCCAGCUCGACAUCAAAGCAGAACCGAUGGACUUCAACGAGUACCGACUGCUGAUGGCCUCUCAGCAUGGGUUUGGGGGCCCGGGGGUCUACCUCAACGGCCGCGGCGGAAGCCCACUGGGCAUCCACAGCUCCUCCCACAGCCCCCUUCAACAUCUGGGAGGCAUGGGGCUAGACCUCCCCCUACUGGGCUACGCAGGGCCUCUCGGGAACAACCUGAGUGAGGUGCAGAGGGUGCUUCAGAUCGUGGACAACACGGUGUCCCGGCAAAAGAUGGACGGGAACCCAGAAGAGAUCUCCAAGCUCAGGGCCUACAUGAAGGAGCUGGGGGCCCAGAUGGAGGAGCAGAGGUUGGCCCAGGCCGGCUUCCAGGUGUUGGGCCACGGCAGCCCCACAAAGAGCAUCAUCGACUACACGCUGGAGAAGGUCAAUGAGGCCAAGAGUCUGAUCGACGACUCCAAGAGGCAGGUGGAUGUCAAGAAGGAGAAGCCAAAUCACUCAAUUGAUCUCAGCGUUGAGGAGAAAUCCCACGAUGGCCAGAACCACUUCCUGCCGUUCUCCUGCCAGUACUGCAAGGAGAACUUCCCCGGACCCAUCCCGCUGCAUCAACACGAGCGCUACCUGUGCAAAAUGAACGAGGAGAUCAAGGCCGUCCUGCAGCCGGCUGAGAGCAGUCUUGUUGGACGCAGGGGGGCGAUGCCCUCUGAGCUGUCCAGUAACGACCGGGCUACCAGCCCCAUCAACCCCUUUAAGGACCACGUGUCAGUGCUCAAGGCCUACUUUGCCAUGAACACUGAGCCCAACUCAGAGGAACUGCUCAAGAUUUCAAUUGCUGUUGGCCUUCCUCAGGAGUUUGUCAAAGAGUGGUUUGCUCAGUGGAAGAACCAAAACCACCACGGAGGCAGUCUGAGGAAGAAGUCACCCCCUCAUGAUCGCAGCGGACCGGAUGCCAACCACAGCUUGAGCCGGUCACCGCUGUCGCUUCCUGGUGUAGAUUUACACGGAAGCUUCACUAAUGGUGACGCCCCCCAUAGACUUACAAAGGCCAACCAGUUUACAGCCAACAGGCAGACAACAGGGGACAAACCACUAGACCCCUUGGACCACUUGAGGAGCAACACCCCAUCACCCCUCAACCUUUCCUCUACUUCCUCCAAAAACUCUUACACUCCGAACAGCCUAGCUUCUGAGGAAGCCCAUGGGGAUAUACCACUGGAUCUGUCGCUGCCCAAGCACAUGGCGCAGAAGCUUAUCUCCGCGGGAGAGAAGCGACCCAGACCCAACGGUUUCAUCAUCGAGCGCAAUGGUGAGGUGCAAGGACGAGAAUUGGCGUCUGGGCCCUUAGACCUGGUCAACGUCAAGAAGGAGGUCAUGGGCUCUGAUGGUGGAGGGAACUCUGUCCACCAGCUGGAGAAAAGCACCAGUCCCAUCUUUGGAAUUAAUCCCUUCACCGGCGGUCCCGUCUACACCUCUCUACCACCUCACGGGGCGUUUCCUUCACCCACCUUUAUGUCUGCCCAGGCCACCAUCCCGGGCCUCAGGCCCUACCCGGGCCUCGACCCCAUGAGCUUCCUGCCCCACAUGGCCUACACCUACGCCACCGGGGCGGCCACAUUUGCUGAAAUGCAGCAGAGGAGAAAGUACCAACGCAAAUCCAGUUUCCAGGGGGAGCUGCUGGACGGGACGGCCGACUAUCUGUCAGGCCUGGACGACCUGACAGACAGCGACUCGCUGCUCUCCAGGAAGAAGAUUAAGAAGACUGAAAGUGGUAUGUACGCGUGUGACUUGUGCGACAAAACAUUCCAGAAGACCAGUUCCCUCCUAAGACACAAAUAUGAGCACACAGGGAAACGUCCUCACCAGUGUCAGAUCUGCAAGAAGGCCUUCAAACACAAACACCAUCUCAUCGAGCACUCGCGCCUGCACUCCGGGGAGAAACCUUACCAGUGCGACAAGUGCGGGAAGCGCUUCUCGCACUCGGGCUCGUACUCGCAGCACAUGAACCACCGCUACUCCUACUGCAAGAGGGAGGCGGAGGAGCGCGAGGCGGCCGAGAGGGAGGCCAGGGACAAGGGAGGAGGAGGAGGCGUGGCGGUCGGGGGCCUGGAGCCCACCGAGCUGCUGAUGAGGAGGGCCUACCUGCAGGGGCUGGGGCCGCUCGGGUACUCGGACCCCGAGGACCAGCAGGAGGACGGCGGCGGCGGUACGAUCUUGAGGGACGGCGGCGAGGGAGGAGGCGGAGGACUGGAGGAGAGGGAAGCGGACAACAAGACGUACGAGGACGUGACAGACGGACAGGAGGCAAGUUUCAGGGAAGAAGAAGAGGAGGAAGAGGAGGAGGAGGAGGAGGAGCAGGGCGACAGCAGGAGCCAGAUGGAGUCGAGGAGGGACGGCGAGGGCAAAGACGCGACGCAGCUGAUGGACGAGAGUUCAGGAGAAGGGAAGACAGACGGCAAGUCGGACCAGGAGGACUGAUCCAGAAGGAACUCUGAAGGACUGUGCACAAGUUAUCAGGGCUGGAAAGAAGGGGGGGGGCUUUUAUAAGAGACCGUUGUUUUAUUUUACCCCACAUCCUGUUUUAUUUUAAAUGUCUUACACGUCCCGUCCCAACACCCCGACAUCAGGAUCCACGUUCAGCUCAAAGGACCAACUCGUGAUCGGAAAGACUCACAGCAGGAAGCUGAACGGCAGCCGGGACCUUCGAUUCAUCAGGAUCUGUUUGGCUUUUAUAUGUAAAGAAAAAACAUUUUGUGCAGGUUUAUUUGGACUUUUAACUUUAGAAAAAGGAAAAGUCUCUUCUUCUGAAAGUCACCGUGACACCUGGUGCUUCGCUCGGUGAAGUCGCUGAAAAGCUCGUUCUUAAUGAAACUCAUGCAAACAAACUCAGUUGAACUCUAUUGGGGGGGGGGGGGGGGGUCCAAAGACAGUAUUAAUAACACAGUGGGGGGGGGGGGUCCAAAGACAGUAUUAAUAACACAGUGGGGGGGGGGUUAAAAAGCUUCUCUCCACGUCCCAAAUACUUUCGGUCCAGUCCCGAACCGGAGAUGCAACACGAUGACGGUGCGUCAUGAAGCUGGUGGGAUUGUUUAAGAAUCCACAUUAUGCAAAAAAUAAAAGACAAAAGAAGAAGAAGUAAUAAUAAUAAUAAUAAUUAUAAGAAGAAGAAGAAUCAUUAUAAUGAAGCUGUUUUUAAUUGUACAGUAUUAUUAUAAAGGCCUAAAAGCUGUGUGGUGCUAUGAUGAUGUUCUUAACUUCCUGUGUCUCGCUGUGUUCGAAAACCCCACAUCAGGAAAUUGCACUCGACUCCCCGAAUCACUACAAAAUAAAAGAAAAUGAAUUUUAAAAAAAAAAAACUAAAAGAGGGAAAGCAGCCUCGAACACUCGGUCACUUCCUGUCAGUGUUAUUGUUGUGUUUUGUCUCUUUUACUGUGACGUUUUUUUAUUAUUUGCAUCCUGGUUUCUUCUUCUCGCAGACUAACCACACGACUUUGGGCCUCCUGAUGUUUUUAUUUCUUUAUGUGAAGGAACAUUUAAACCUGUGUGAUUUUCAAAAUAAAAUGUCGGUGUGAGUCUUAAAGGGGAGAGAGGAAGGAGCGUUAAUAUGAAAGGGCUCCAUUUUAAAAAGACAAAAUAAAAGAGGACAGGGCCUUUUUCUGUGUGUGUGUUGACUCUUGUCUCCAGAGAAAGCCUUAUAUGCAAACCUUUCACCUGUGCCAUCCCUGUACAGCCUCACCUGUCCUGCUUCACCCGGUCUGAUCGUCAGUAGUAGCUUAGAUAGUUUGUUAGUUUACAUUUGUUUGUGCAAUUUUCUCUAUUCUUUUUGUUCCAUGACAGUAUUUUUUCGUCAGUAUUACUUUUUAGUUUUUUGUUGAAUUUUCCAACACAAAUUUAAUUUUUUGUUUUGUUUUUAUUUGAGAAUUUACAAUUUUAUUUAUGUGACUCAUUUUAUAUUUCCUCAUUUUAUUUAUUUCAUACGGUAGUGUACAGUAUUAGAGUUCCUCACAAAUAGAUAUAUUUUAGUAAGAUGAUUCUGUCAUUGAUUGGAGCGUCUGUGGUAUUUGGAACAUUUCAACUUUUUGUUUUUAUUUCCUUUGAAACUACUGGAAAUUCUAAAUUUGGGGAACUUUUGAUACGAUGAUUAUUGUGAAAACACUGUAUUUUUGAGAGUUAAAAAAAUCCACUUUAUUCAUCCCACUGAAGAGGUGACGAAGGACCGAUGAUGAUGAUGAUGAUGAUGAAGGAAUUUCUGAAAUGUCUGAAGUAUUAAUGAAUUUUUAAUUUCUCUUGGAGAUGACCAUGCUCGAAUAAAUGUAGCCAAAUUAAAUUUUAAUAAAACCGUGUCUUCUUGUA